AUGUACUUAACUCGAUUAAAGAUUACGUUCUCUAUCUUGUUAUAUACCAUUAUUUUAUGUAAUUUAAUUAAACCGGCUACAUCUCUAUAUUUUUAUUUGGAGGGUACAGAACAAAAAUGUUUCCUUGAAGAAUUGCCAAAAGAUACUCUUGUUGUUGGUACAUAUAAAGCUGAGGAAUGGUCAGAAACACAGCAGCAAUAUAUUGAAAACCCUCAACUAGGAAUACAAAUAACCGUUGAGGAAUUGCCUGUAAUGCAUCGAAUUGUUAAUCAAAAAGGUGCAAGUCGUGGGAGGUUCACUUUCACGGCCGCAGAAUCCGGAGAGCAUGCAAUUUGUUUGACUACAAAUUCUUCAGCUUGGUUUUCGAAUAGUCAAAUAAAAUUACAUUUAGAUAUGGCCAUUGGAGAUGCGACUACCGAAGAAGAAAACGAUAGGGAACAUUUCAGUGAACUUGCACAAAGAGUACGCGAUUUGAAUCAUCGUAUUUCAGAUAUUCGUAGAGAACAAAGUUUUCAACGCGAACGCGAAGCUGAAUUCCGUGAUCAGUCGGAACUUACCAAUUCACGCGUAGUUUACUGGACUAUUGUACAAUUGAUUGUCCUUGGCGUUACGUGCUUAUGGCAAUUACGACAUUUGAAAGGCUUUUUCGAAGCUAAAAAAUUAGUAUAG